AUGCCGAAUAGGAUCUGUCCGGCCAAGCGUGCCCCACUUGAAGGCAAAGAGGUGGAUUGCAGUUCGGAGACAGACCAGGGCCAGGAGACGCCCAACGACGGCCCAAGCACCCGGAAAGACCCACGCGGAGAGCCGCAGCCGGAAAGAAGGCGGCAAGAACCAGCAAACUUUCCUCGAGAUGAUGAUCUGAGCUUGCGAGAAUCAUGCGGGACGUACGCCGGCUGGGGCGCCGGUCUCCCGGGCGGGCGUUGCUCGGCGUCGCUCAUGUCGGUAUGGUGUAACCCGGUGCGUAAGAACUUUGGCUAUGACGCCGAAGUAACAUUCUUACUUGUUUGA